GUUAUAUUCAGUAAAGAUUCAUGAGGAAAGUUGAAUAGAAGGUUCAAACGUGAAUAAAAUGCAUUUGGUACAGCAUUAAAAAUGUAUUUAUGCAAACAAUAUAAAUUAACAGUUUUUGAGCCUCCAGAUGAUGACAUUUAUUUAUCCAGUAAAUCUAGUUGUAAAAUAGUGCACUUUUCACAUUGUUGGCGCACUCACAUCUUUCAAACAGACUGCAUACUCCCUGUUCAUUUGCUUCAACAAACUUCUGGAAGCAGAUUCUGUUUCCACUUGGUUUGAUAAGGUUAACACGAAACUCUAAAUGUGUUCUUGCCUCUGUAGUGUGUAGAGAUGCUACAUUUGUUCUGUUUUCAUUCACACAGUCCUUUUGGCUCUCUGCAGUCCCCCUGCUGCUGCUGCCGGUGGUCAUCAGGUUUCCUCUUGUAGGCCAGAAGAUCAAAAAAGUGGGUUAUGAUGGGUGAGCUGCCAGCUCGAGGCGUGCCCCCGUUUCACUAAGCCUAGGCCUGUCAUUGGCUCACAGAUUUCACUUUCCUCUUUAUCUACCACAAAAAAACAAUUUCAGUCUAACCAUUGUGCCCUCACUAACUCCAGUUUGCAAUUAGUGUUAGUUUGUCUUUGCCGACGUGCGAAUCGGCUCUGGAACUUCAAGUGUCUGAUAUAUCUUUGGGUGGGAGCAGACAUGAAACCAAAAAUAUGUAGUGUGAUUUGUUGUGUUUAUGGAUGAACACCGGGGUGUUUAAUCACCGCGUGCCAGUGCGGGAGUUGGUGUGUCUCUAUGUUUACGCUGUCUGCAGACGGUGGGAUUUGUGCUGAAUGUAGGCCAGCAGAAUCCCUCUUACGUCAAAGGCAGGCAGGCGGGCAGAUGCAGGAAGAGAGCUGCUGGUGGUUGUGCAGCUGUGACCAUGGAGGAGGCUGUGGCGCACAUCAGUCUGCCAGAGCACUGAACAGGGAAAGACGCAGAUAGGAAGAGCCGGAGAGCACCAAUGAUGAAGACCGUCCUCAGCCUGCACAGGAAAUGGGCCCACGCGGUCAAGACCAUACGUAUCCUUCAGGGACUCAACCCGGUCAUGGAGGAGACCGUGUGGGAGCAGUACACCGUGACCCUGCAAAGGGAUCCAAAGAUGGGCUUUGGCAUUGCAGUGUCAGGGGGGCGGGACAACCCAAAUGAAGACACCGGCGAGACGUCCAUUGUGGUGUCCGACGUCCUGCAGGGAGGACCUGCUGAUGGAUUGUUGUUUGAGAAUGACCGAGUGGUGCAGGUGAACGCCAUCCCAAUGGAGGGGGCCAUCCACUCCUUCGCAGUCAAUACCCUCAGGAAGUGCGGCAAAGUGGCAAAAAUUACAGUCAAGAGGCCCAGGAAGGUCCCAGUGAACCUGCUGAACCGUCCCCCAUCACCUGAUGACAGAGUCUUCAGCAAUGACUACAAUGAUGACUACAACUACGAGCAGGACCGCCGCAGUGUGUACAGCGGCCGGAGUGGUGGUGGGCGGGACCACAGCCCGGAGAGGGAACGAGGUGGGGGAGGCUACAUGGAUUCUGGCUACCACACACGUGAGCGUGACUAUGACAGGGACUACGAUCGGCGGGAACGUGGCAGGAGCGCAGAGAGAGACCUGAGCCCAGACCGGCACUACAGGAGAGACGGCAGCAGAGGUCGCACUUUGGAUAGAGAGCGCAGCCCGGAUCGCCCUUACAGGAGCGAACACAUGCUCGCCCGUGACUACAGCCCAGACAGAAGGUACCGCAGUGAGCGCACACUGGACCGGGACUACAGUCCUGAUCGGCGCUACCGCAGCGAGCGCGCCCUUGAUAGGGACUACAGCCCAGACAGACGCUACCGCAGUGACCGAACGCUGGACCGCACCAACAGCCCGGACUUGCGCCGCAGACGAGACAGCCACAGCCCAGUUCGAGGCCACGGACGUGACCACAGCUUUGAACGAGGACGUGAUCACGGCCCUGCCGACCCGAGGAAGUACGAUGAACCGCUGAAGAGAAGUGGGAGCAAAGACCGCUUGGACCGCUCGCCAUCACCCGCUGCCAUGCCCAUCCCUCUACCCCGCCCCGCCCGGGACCUGGAACCACUGGAGAAACCGCUCAAUGUGCUGCUGUUGAAGAACCGGCCCAACGAAGAGUAUGGCCUUCGUCUGGGCAGUCAGCUCUUCAUUAAAGAGAUGACCAACACAGGACUUGCCUCCAGAGAUGGGAACCUGCAGGAAGGGGACAUUAUAUUAAAGAUUAACGGCACAGUGACAGAGAACCUGUCUCUCAGCGAUGCAGGAAAGCUGAUUGAGAAGUCUCGCGGGAAGCUGCAACUGGUGGUGCAGAGAGACAGGCGGCAGGUGCUGAUCCGCGUCCCCCCAAUGGUGGACAGCGACUCUGAGCUCGAUGAUAUCUCAGAGAUCGAGUCGUACCGCUCCUACUCUCCACAGGAUGACAGGCGGGGCCACCACUCAGACCUCUCUUCACACUCCUCCAAUGAGAGGCUGAGAGAUAAGCCCAGAGAUGACCCGCCCAACAGGCUUGCAAAAAUGGGCGCCAUGCCAACACCAUUCAGAGUUCCUGACAGAGCAGCGGAAGACACUCCCACUUUGUCAGCAGAGAGGGAGGAGCCUCGAUCAGAAACACCUCCUGGUAAACAAGUGUCUCAUUCACAAUCAGCAGUCACUGUCGCCCCAAAGGUCCAUGCUCCUCCUAAGGUGCCACUGAAGCCAAACGUAGAGGACCUGGAAGUAUAUGGGCCAAGCACAGUGAUGGUGCUUUUCCAGAAAGGCGACAGCGUGGGUCUGAGGCUGGCGGGGGGAAAUGAUGUCGGCAUCUUCAUCGCUGGUGUUCAGGAGGACAGUGCAGCUGAGCAGGAGGGUCUCCGUGUAGGAGAUCAGAUCGUGAAGGUGAACAACAUGGACUUCAGAGGCAUGGUGCGUGAGGAUGCUGUUCUCUACCUCCUGGAGAUUCCCAAAGGAGAAGAUGUAACCAUUCUUGCACAAAGCAAACCUGAAGUGUACAAGGACAUUUUAGCAUCUGGCAGAGGUGACUCUUUCUUCAUCAGGACCCACUUUGAGUAUGAGAAAGAGGCUCCUCAGAGCCUUCCUUUCACCAGAGGAGAGAUCUUCAAAGUGACGGACACACUUUACGAUGGCAAACUAGGCAACUGGCUGGCGAUACGCUCGGACAAAGACAACCAGCUGCUGGAGAAAGGAAUCAUCCCCAACAAGAGCAGAGCUGAGCAAAUGGCCAACGUUCAAAAUGCCGCUCGGGCAGCAUCAGGCAACGACAGGGGAGACUUCUGGAGGCUGAGAGGUCAAAGGGCGGCGAAGAAGAAAGACUUACGCAAGAGCAGGGAGGACCUCAGCACAACUCCAGUCACCACACGGUUCCCCGCCUAUGAGAGAGUGGUCUUACGUGAAGCUGGUUUCAAGAGACCUGUUGUGAUAUUUGGACCCAUUUCUGAUGCGGUAAAUGAAAAACUGGCCACCGAUAUGCCCAGCGAGUUUGUCGUUGCCAGAACGGAGCCCAAGGAUGCAGGAAGUGAGAAGUCGUCCGGAGUUGUGAGACUCAACACCAUCAGACAAAUCAUUGAACAGGAUCGUCACGCUCUGCUGGAUGUGACUCCCAAAGCUGUGGACACUCUGAACUAUACCCAGUGGUAUCCCAUCGUCAUCUUCCUGAACCCAGACAGCAAGCAAGGGGUCAAGACCAUGAGGAACCGCCUCGUACCCGGGUCCAACCGCAGCACCCGCAAACUGUACGAGCAGUCUGUCAAGCUGAGGAAGACCUGCUCGCACCUUUUCACAGCAACCAUCGACCUGAACUCGGCCAAUGACGCGUGGUACGGCAACGUGAAGGAUUCCAUUCAGGAGCAGCAGGACAGAGCUGUGUGGGUGUCUGAAGGCAAGUUGGACGGCUCAGAGGAGGACCUGGAUCUCCAUGACGACCGCAUGUCCUACCUGUCAGCCAUGAGCGCGGACUACCUGAGCAUGGACAGCCGUCUGACCAGCGACUACGAAGACACGGCAGAUGAAGGCGGAGCUUACACUGACAACGAGCUAGAUGAGCCAAUGGAUGAGCCCCAGCCGGUGUCGGCCAUCAGUCGAUCAUCAGAACCCGUGCUGCCAGAUGAGAGGCCUCAACCUGAACCCCGGGCUCGUAUGAGGAGGUCAGGGAGCAGAGAGAUGCUGAACAGAGAGCCCAGUCCCCCCCCUUCUUUUGUCCCUGAACCCCCAAAGGUGCGGGCUCAGACUCGGACUGACUCAUCGCGGAGUUAUGACUCACGCUCCAGCAGCACCAUCAGCAGUGACGCGGUGGUUGGAAACAAGCCGGCUCCCCCACCCGUGGCCCUGAAGCCCAGCGUCACCCGUCUGAACCAGCAUUCAGAGGAGCCGAGCCCGGGGAGGGAGGAGGAGGAAUCAGCGGAGGACCCCGCCAACAAAUCCUUCCUGGGCAAGAUUAAAGCUUUUGAGAAGAUGGACCACCUAGCUCGGGCUCAGAGGAUGCUGGAGCUGCAAGAGGCCGAAAGUGCUCGAUUGGAAAUUGCCCAGAAGCAUCCAGACAUCUACGCCGUCCCAGUGAAACUGCCAAAACCCAACCUCAGUCGUCCUCAGCCAAUAGGUUCCAGCUCCAAUCCCGAGCAGCAGACUCCCUUCAGGCCACCGUACUCUGAGAGCAGAGGACGCGAGGACGACGAGACCGAGUACCGCAGGCAGCUGGCCGAGCACACCAAGAAAGGAUACUACAAUCCUCAGAAAUACAAAGACACUGAGCUGUAGGCUGGGAAACCAGGAAGUGACAUCACCCCUGCACACAUCAUCACUACGAACAGACCGCGUUUGUUGCCUUGGUAGCAGCUCACGCAGCUCGGUGAAAAACUCUCAGAACUUUGUUUCAGCUCUCAUCUCGGAAACUUUUCAGUCCUGUCGUCUCACUGCUGUGCACGUUGUUCUUCAUACAAGCUUGUACAAAGAUUGUAUGCUGAUCCAGGCAGCAUACACGCAAUAUUCAUAUGGAGAGUGUAUUUUGGCAAGUUCGCCGUCACACGUGUCCUAAACAGAAAACAUGGCUGAUGUUGCUGGCAUACCUUCUUUCAGACCUGAUAUGUCAGUGUAUAUAUGCUUUGGUUAUGUCUGAAGAGUCGUUUUAUUUUCCAACCAUUGCACAGACAUAUAUCCCCAGUGUUGGUCUUUCACUGCGGUGGAGUGACUCAGCAUGUUUUUCUGAACGAUGCAUACCUUGUGAUUUUUGAAAAUGAUGUGCUUUUUUGUGAUUUUGAAGGGAUUUUCAGAGCCUGUGAGGAUUUAGCUUACAGCCUGUGACAAGAAAUAUUUUGUCUUCUGCAUGAUAAAUGUUAAAAUUAAAAUUAAAUUAUUAAAUGAAUACUAUAGACAAAUAGAAAUUGAGGAUAUGUGACCAGCUACUCCACGUAACGUCUAAAUUGGGAAAGGGGUUAGAAAUCUUUCUCAUAUGGCAGGUUCAAUAUUUUUGGGCUUUGAACUGUCUGAGGAUUCAGUAAAUAGUUUCAGAGCAUCUGUAAGUGUUGAUAGACAACCGCUCGGGUUUUUCAAAUCUCAGCAGGUGUACAUUUUUCAGAAAGUCACAUGCUUACUUCUGUUACUGGAAUGUAAUGGUAAGGCUGAAGGCAGAAACUGGUGCAGAGUAACACCAACUUCCAACCAAAGCACAUUAUCUACACUGUUGGGUUUUACAUCCUGUUAGCAAGUGGGUUUUUUUUGUGUUUUUUUUUUUUGCAUGUCUCCAAUGUUCUGUCACAAACAGUGUAAAAAUCAAACAGCGAGACAGGCUGAUACUCUGUCAGCAGCUGCACUGAUGUCAAAUAAGUGUUAGUUUUUCUUUUCUGAUUAUUCUCCUACAAAGGUCUUCUCUGAUUUAUUGUGCGCCUGUACAUUCCUGAUUUGACUUUGUAUGUACUCUACACUGUGUAAUAUGAGUGCAUUCUCGGACAGCAACAUAUUUUCAAGUGCCUUGCAGCUCUGAUGUUAGCUCGGGAAAACAACUGAAGCUUUACUGAAAUGGAACGAACAACAAAGGGUUAAAAGAAAGUACUGUUUUGAGUAAAUUUUUCUGUAUUCUCAACAGUGACAGCACACAAGUUGUAGAUUUAAUUAACAGGAUACAUCACCUCCACCAAAGAAGAGUCACUGGAGAUGAUGAGUUGUGGUGCAGGAGGAUCUCAUGAAAAUGGUUGAAAUAUCUGUGCUGAAAGUCUGAAAACAGUGUAAGGUGUCCUUAGGAUGGAAGUUGUGCAGAUGUCCGUCUUCUGUAUUUAUGUCAGAGUUCACACACUUCAGAUAACGGCGGGAAGAAUUAUGAGGUUCGAGUUCGAUUUAAGUGCAGCACAGCAUAAGCCUGACGUUUCUGACAGUUUGUGCGUUUGUCUUUAUUUGCUGCUUGCAGCCAAAGACAAUUGCACUGUUGUUGCAUUUCUGUUUUUAUACUGACGCUGAACUCAGUCUUUGUACAUGGGAGCAUCUGGAAUGUGGUGACGACAAUCAUGUCGGUUGAUGAGUUUCUUUUAAAUGUCUUGUGAUCUCUUUUUUUUUAUUUUGUGAUCUCUGUAGUGUUACAACAAAAGACUCAAAUUCAAUAAAUAAAUCUGUUUUUUACGUUGUUUUAUAA